AUGGAGCUUGGUCGUGGGGCAGACAUGGAGCUUGGUCGUGGGGCAGACAUGGAGCUUGGUCGUGGGGCAGACAUGGAGCUUGGUCGUGGGGCAGACAUGGAGCUUGGUCGUGGGGCAGACAUGGAGCUUGGUCGUGGGGCAGACAUGGAGCUUGGUCGUGGGGCAGACAUGGAGCUUGGUCGUGGGGCAGACAUGGAGCUUGGUCGUGGGGCAGACAUGGAGCUUGGUCGUGGGGCAGACAUGGAGCUUGGUCGUGGGGCAGACAUGGAGCUUGGUCGUGGGGCAGACAUGGAGCUUGGUCGUGGGGCAGACAUGGAGCUUGGUCGUGGGGCAGGAAUAGACCUGGAUCACCAGGAGAGGAAGGAUCAGACUACCACAAACCAGACGAAUCAGGCAGGGCAGGGCAGAUCAGACGAAUCAGGCAGGGCAGGGCAGAUCAGACGAAUCAGGCAGGGCAGGGCAGAUCAGACGAAUCAGGCAGAUCAGACGAAUCAGGCAGGGCAGGGCAGAUCAGACGAAUCAGGCGGAUCAGACGAAUCGGGCGGAUCAGACGAAUCGGGCGACUCGGACGGAUCGGGCGACUCGGACGGAUCGGGCGACUCGGACGGAUCGGGCGACUCGGACGGAUCGGGCGACUCGGACGGAUCGGGCGACUCGGACGGAUCGGGCGACUCGGACGGAUCGGGCGACUCGGACGGAUCGGGCGACUCGGACGGAUCGGGCGACUCGGACGGAUCGGGCGAAUCAGGCGACUCAGGCGAACCCGGCGAAUCAGGCGACUCAGGCGAACCCGGCGAAUCAGGCGAACCCGGCGAACCCGGCGACUCAGGCGACUCAGGCGAACCCGGCGAAUCAGGCGACUCAGGCGAACCCGGCGAAUCAGGCGACUCAGGCGAACCCGGCGAAUCAGGCGACUCAGGCGAACCCGGCGAAUCAGGCGACUCAGGCGAACCCGGCGAAUCAGGCGACUCAGGCGAACCCGGCGAAUCAGGCGACUCAGGCGAACCCGGCGAAUCAGGCGACUCAGGCGAACCCGGCGAAUCAGGCGACUCAGGCGAACCCGGCGAAUCAGGCGACUCAGGCGAACCCGGCGAAUCAGGCGACUCAGGCGAACCCGGCGAAUCAGGCGACUCAGGCGAACCCGGCGAAUCAGGCGACUCAGGCGAACCCGGCGACUCAGGCGACUCAGGCGAACCCGGCGACUCAGGCGACUCAGGCGAACCCGGCGAAUCAGGCGACUCAGGCGAACCCGGCGAAUCAGGCGACUCAGGCGACUCAGGCGAACCCGGCGAAUCAGGCGACUCAGGCGAACCCGGCGAAUCAGGCGAACCCGGCGAAUCAGGCGACUCAGGCGACUCAGGCGAACCCGGCGAAUCAGGCGAACCCGGCGAAUCAGGCGACUCAGGCGAACCCGGCGAAUCAGGCGAACCCGGCGAAUCAGGCGAACCCGGCGAAUCAGGCGACUCAGGCGAACCCGGCGAAUCAGGCGACUCAGGCGAACCCGGCGAAUCAGGGGACUCAGGCGAACCCGGCGAAUCAGGCGACUCAGGCGAACCCGGCGAAUCAGGCGACUCAGGCGAACCCGGCGAAUCAGGCGACUCAGGCGAACCCGGCGACUCAGGCGACUCAGGCGAACCCGGCGACUCAGGCGACUCAGGCGAACCCGGCGAAUCAGGCGACUCAGGCGAACCCGGCGAAUCAGGCGACUCAGGCGAACCCGGCGAAUCAGGCGACUCAGGCGAACCCGGCGAAUCAGGCGACUCAGGCGAACCCGGCGAAUCAGGCGAACCCGGCGAAUCAGGCGACUCAGGCGAACCCGGCGAAUCAGGCGAACCCGGCGAAUCAGGCGACUCAGGCGAACCCGGCGAAUCAGGCGAAUCAGGCGAACCCGGCGAAUCAGGCGAACCCGGCGAAUCAGGCGACUCAGGCGAACCCGGCGAAUCAGGCGACUCAGGCGAACCCGGCGAAUCAGGCGACUCAGGCGAACCCGGCGAAUCAGGCGACUCAGGCGAACCCGGCGAAUCAGGCGAACCCGGCGACUCAGGCGAAUCAGGCGACUCAGGCGAACCCGGCGAAUCAGGGGACUCAGGCGAACCCGGCGACUCAGGUGAACCCGGCGACUCAGGUGAACCCGGCGACUCAGGUGAACCCGGCGACUCAGGUGAACCCGGCGACUCAGGUGAACCCGGCGACUCAGGUGAACCCGGCGACUCAGGUGAACCCGGCGACUCAGGUGAACCCGGCGACUCAGGUGAACCCGGCGACUCAGGUGAACCCGGCGACUCAGGUGAACCCGGCGACUCAGGUGAACCCGGCGAAUCAGGCGACUCAGGUGAACCCGGCGAAUCAGGCGACUCAGGUGAACCCGGCGAAUCAGGCGACUCAGGUGAACCCGGCGAAUCAGGUGAACCCGGCGACUCAGGCGACUCAGGUGAACCCGGCGAAUCAGGUGAACCCAGCGAAUCAGGCGACUCAGGUGAACCCAGCGAAUCAGGCGACUCAGGUGAACCCAGCGAAUCAGGCGACUCAGGUGAGCCAGAGGAUUCCGGUGGUCAGGUAAGUCAUGAGAUUCAGGGUCUUGAGGAACAUAGGGAACAAAAGAGCAGAAGGCAAACCAAAUGCACCACAGGGCCAUGGCAAAUUCAGGAAGUACAGAGUCAAUAA